CUUGCCUGCCCGACCCUCCCGUCCUCUCCAGCCAAGCAGGGUAGCCGCCGCCGUUGCCAGCCCCAGAAGCACAAGGUGGCCGCUGCCGCCGCUGCUGCCACCACGAUGUCGUCAGGCCAGCUGGCCCUGUAGCCCCGCCCACGUUCCCACUUUGUGGCCCCGCCCCUGAAUGAUCAUGGCUUGCCCCCCCCCAGUUUUGAUCCUGGCUACGCCCUUGGCUGGGAUAAGAGUACCAAGGGCGGAGGGAAGCAAUACAACUGUUUGGGGAAUGUGCACUUCAGUCAUCAGGGCAUUGCUUAAAUGAGUUAAGCUAACAAGUAUGAUUUGCCUUCUUAUUUUACUUUGUAAAUUGGGAGUGACUUUAAACUUGUUAUCAUUCGUAGCUUGUCUGGGUCCUUUUAUAAAGCUGGAACAUUUCUGGAAUGUUAUUUUUUCCUUGCCUUGGUCAGUGCAACAACGGUUUCUUGAGUACCUGCCAUUAACUGUGCUUGGCAUGCAAUUAACGCAGGAUAUUUUAUUUGAAUAUUUAGACUAGUUAUCAAGCAGUUGGACUUCAUGGUUGCAGUACUGAUGGUGUGCUAAAACUGGUCUAUGUUAACAAGUUCAUGAGAAUCUAGGCAAGAGACAGGACUGCUUGUCUUCUGUGGUGUCAUGUCUUGUAUCUGCAUCUGCAAAGUGUUUGUGUAUGAAUGUUGGUCACUUAAUGGCUGCAGCAUCAAGUGGUGACAUGUGUGAAUGUGCCACAAGCCUCUGCAUGUAUAUGAACAAGUUAAUCCAUUGAGAAAUGGCAUAUUAUGAGAUUCUAUAGAAUCAUUCAGCUAAUGGUCAAAGAAUUAAGCCUUUUUAAAAAGACAAAAUAAAUGGUUAGAACUGCACAGAUUCCCUUUUUAAGUAAGUGAUAGUUCAUAUUUUAAUAAUCUUUAAAAAUGCAGACUUCAUAUUUUCCAUAUAGGCAUUUUUGUGUGAUUUGUGACCCACCAAGCCAAAUGUAGCCCAUCAGUUAUAUAUGGCAAUUCCCCAGGGCAUUACAGAUGCCCUACUUUUGCUGACUGCAACUGCAGAAACUGAUUCAGACCCUGGCUAUCCACAAUGCAUUGUGAAAAAUCGUUUGUUUUUUUAAUUCGGUCUGUAUUUGCUCUAUUGGGAAUAUGGACAGUGACCAAAAGCUAGAGCCACAACUAAAAGAGAGCUUAACAUUUCUUAAAUACAAUGCUUUUUUGGGGGGGGGGGAAGCAGGGGUACUCAUUCCGCUAAACAUUUUGUGAAUCCAAGUUUGGCCUCAUUGAGGGGCAGUAUUUCAAUAUGAGUAGGAAAAUGAGAGUACCCCCUAAAUACAACAGAAAAGUGGUGAAAUAUUGUAGAUACCUAUUUAAAACAGUGAAAACAUGAUUCAAAAUAAACAAUGAUUAUAGUACAACAGAUGAAAUUAUUACAUUGGCUAUAGCUAUUAGCUGCUUAAGGUAGAUCACAGACAAAAAGUGAAAUAUAAGAAAGCAAGAACACUGAGAAUGUUUCACUACAUCAGCGGCGGCCAACUCCUAUGAGACGGCGAUCUACUCGCAGAAUAAAAAACUGGCAGUGAUCUAGCCCUUUUUUUCGGUGGGUGUGUGGGUGUUUCAGGUCAAAGUUGUUGAGCUUUUUUUUAGGAUAGAAAGUCCUGUAUUUGGGGGGGGGGGGUUUCAGGCAAAGCUGUUGAGCUUUUUUAAGGGAGAAAAGUCGCAUGCCUAAUUGUCACUAAUGAAACAAUCAGCCUCACUGCAAAACUCAUUCUGUUCUGAAGAUCGUGCAGUAAUGGAGCAUGGGGCAAGGGGGCGGGGCAGGAUUCUAUUUUAACACCGCUAAGAAAAGGGACCCAGUGAUCGACUGCGACUUACCAAAACCUGUUGCACUAGAUUAUAGAGGCAGAAAAGCAACAUAUUGAAACAAGAUAGGAAAAGUUACUUGAGGAGUGUAUAUAUUCCCUUUAUAUUGAGAGAGACUUGGGAUCUUUGGUGAGUAAUGAGUUUAAAAAGAUUGUAAAUUUGUAAAAUAUUAACCCAAGGUAUCAGAAUGUAUCAGAAUUUAGUGGCUUUUCCAUGAUGAUUGGAAUACAGUUAAUAAAAAAAUAGGCUACAUUUUUCUUAUAAGAAAACCACAUAACCACAAUAUAUGUGGUUAUGUGCCUAUUUGUAGCCUAUUUAAGGCCUCUCCUGGAAGCAAACAUGCUUGCCUGAUGAAAUGCAAAAAGCACAGACCCACUCUCCAUCUUCCAAAACCCCCCACUAAGCCACGAUAAUCGGAUAUGUGAUCGAAGAGCCGCAUGCAGUCAUUGAGGCCUCUUUUCCUGGCCCUCUGAAACACUUGAUUCCUGCCCCCCGCCCCGCAGCCCUUGUGCAGCCUUUCCAAAUCCAGCUAAGCAAAGUGCUGGGUUUGAGGGCUCUCACAGUGCCCUUUCCAAAAUCUAGUUAGCACUUUCCCAGCUUUAAGGAGGAGGUGAGAGGGUUCUAGGACCUGCCAGAGUCUCGGGCCUGCUUCCCAAAUCCCCGUGCCUCGCUUAGUAUAUAAAGCUGGAUCACCCUGCACUUAAGCCAUCAUGCCUUCAGGGAAGGUGCUGAUGGGACAGGGAGUAAAAUACAGUAACCAUGUCAGCUAAAGGUUGUAUGAAAGAUCAGGAGAGCAGAAAUGUGGGCUCCCCCAAAAGUUAUUUGUAAAAUAGGUCCAAAAAGCUGGGAAGCUGUUACUCUUCAUCUGCCCCUUCAAGCAUGAUAAGUUUAUAAUAACAUUCAGAUCAAGUCUUUUCCCUAUAGGAGGAAAGAGAACAACUCAUGCUGGCGCAUUUACAUCUUUUUCUAGACUUCUUUUUAGACGCCAUCCUCUGCAAAAUGUUAAAAUGCACAUGGGAAGGCAGUGUACUCUUUGUUUAAUGGCUGAUCAAUGCUGGAUGCCAACUUUGCUGCCACAUACACCCGGACAACACCAUUACUGGCCCCAACAACAUCCAACAUACCAUCUCAGGGCUAUUUAAUUGCUCAUUGUAUAACAUUGUGUAUGCCAUCAAAUGCCAACAGUGCCCUUCAGCUCUCUAUAUUGGACAAACAGGCCAAACCCUACGCCAAAGGAUAAAUGGACAUAAAUCUGACAUCAGGAACCACAAGACAGAGAAACCAGUAGGAGAACACUUCAAUCUCCCAGGACAUUCUAUACAAGAUCUCAAAGCAGCUGUUUUAUUACAGAAAAAUUUCAGAAACAGACAAGAAAGAGAAAUUGCUGAAUUGGGACUCAUUACCAAGCUUAAAACCACGGAGCCACCUGGGAUGAACAGAGACAUCGGAUUCUUAUCUCAUUAUGCAUGAUCUAGCUUUCUUUUGUGCCUCAGCCCUUGCUUCCCCCCCCCCCCGCAGGACCAAUUGCAGUCAUCAGCAGUCGUUAACAGCCAUCAGCAGGUUCACCACUCCUAUCAGCCCAUCACCCAUUCCCACCCACCCACCCUCUGAAAAUACAUAAGGGUCUGGUUGAUUCUGUUUCAGUGUAUCUGACGAAGUGUGCAUGCACACGAAAGCUCAUACCAAAAUAAAAACUUAGUUGGUCUUUAAGGUGCUACUGAAGGAAUUUUUUUAUUUUGCUUCGACUCAGACCUACAUGGCUACCUACCUGUAACUUUAGCAGGGUGUGUUGGGAAGAAGGGGGGUGGGAAGGAGUGGGAUCCAUCUGUUAGUACGCCCUGUUCAGCCCAAGUCUUAAACGUGUGCAUGCGCUAGGUCAGGGGUCGGCAACCUUUUCCAGCCGUGGGCCGGUCCACUGUCCCUCAGACCAUGUAGUGGGCCGGACUAUAUUUUGAAAAAGAAAAGAACGAAUUCCUGUGCCCCACAAAUAACCCAGAGAUGCAUUAUAAACAAAAGCACACAUUCUACUCAUGUAAAAACACGCUGAUUCCUGGACCGCCCGCGGGCUGGAUUUAGAAGGCGAUUGGGCCGCAUCCGGCCCAUAGGCCUUAGGGUGCUUACCCCUGGGCUAGGCGACUGGAGCACCUUCACUGACCUUCUGAUCACAGGAACAUAGACAUAGCAUUCCCAGAGAACAGGUCCUGCUGCAGUGGACUCACACCUGCUCAUUGUGAGCACCAAAACUCAGCAGAGUAAAACAUAAGCAAAGCUGUGGAGGUUUUGAAGCAUACCUAAUUUAUUUCUAACAGUCACUACAAAUCGCUACAGAAAUGCAUGAGAAGAGCAGUUCUCAUGCAGCCAUUUAUCCCCUCCUUUCUCUUAACAUGAAAGUAAAACAAACGAUCAGGUGAUUCUUGCAAUUGGAGGGGUAAAAAUGCCAACAUCAUCUUGGGCAGGCUGGCUGGGAGAGAUGCCAUUGACUCCAGGGCACUGGCGGAGGAACUCAGGGGGCGGGGGAGCACACUGCCCCCUGCACCAUCAGGGAGGGGAUACCAUCGUGGCUGCCCCCCCCAGACACACAUCAUGCACCCCCACCACCAGGCCGGAUGUCACACCCCUGCGAACGGUGCGCCACACCCCACAGGACACACAUCAGCCAUGCCCCUGCCCACUCUCCGCCCCUGGUGCCAGAGCAUGCAGCUUCCCCACUGCUCCAGGGUUGCACUGCUGUGGGGGACAAGCCCCACUGAAAUGACCAUGCUGUAAGAUCUGGACUCCCUCCAUGCAGACUGAAGGUGAAAAAACCAUAUUGUUUUAAAACUACAACAGUCUUCACUGUCUCAAUUCUCCAAGGAAACACAGACCCUGGGUGAGUGCCUGGACCCCCACAGAGUCUUGCAGAGAGUGGGGGUGGCACCCAACUUUUGUAACAAUAUUCUAUAUUGUCUUCAAGGAGCAAGGCAGUUUUUAGUAAUUUCCCCCUCCAUUUAAUUUUUAUUUUAUUUUUUUUGCAACCCUUGCAGAUCUGUCUGCCAUGGUUUUUAGUUGGCACAUGACUUGUUUCUUUUUGCAACAGAUAGUGGGAAUUCUUUGGCUUACCCCACAAACUUCUGAAACCUGCAAGAGUGCCCGAAGUCAUAGAGAAGUGUUGAACUCCUUUGUAAUGUACAAUUUGCAGUAUAUUAGUCUGAAAUGAAGAGACAAAAACAGUGAUAAUUAAAGAGGGGAAAUGAGCAUUCUCUGUUUAAAACAGAUAUCCUGUUCCCAAUGAAGGCAGCUGGGCAAAUGAUUUGUUCCAUCUUGCCUGUUGUUAGUAUUCUCUAUCUGCGAUGUCACGUCUAGGAAGUGAUAGAGAAGAGUCUCUGACAAUGUUACAUGAACUUUUUGUAACAGUUUUUUUUCAGCUGGCAUACAUAAAGAACCAGCAUUGGAGAGGUGAGAUAAGCUUUCUCGUCUUCCUCUUUGGAAUAAUGUAUGCAUGUAUGUAUUACAUAUGCAUGCUUUCUUAUUUUGUUUAAGCGUUUCCUAGAUUGCUAUUUGCUUUGUCAUCUCAGGAUGACAACUAUGGAAUCUGCUAUUAUCCAGCUUUUGCAACACUCCUGAAUACAAGACUUCUUCUUCUUUUUAAAGCAGGCUCCUGUCACCUUCAAGCUACUGUACUCAGAAAUAUAGAACUGUAAUCUGGGAGGAAAGCUGGUGUCCAACAUCCUCAUCUUCAUCUGCACGAACAUUGUAGGUGUGUGUACACACUACCCAGCUGAGGUGUCCCAGAGACAGGCAUUUCAAGAGACCAGGGAAUGCAUUCAAGCUCGUCUACAUUCUCAGAGAGAAAACCAGCAACAGGAGCGCCUCCUGCUCUCCGUACUUCCUCGCCAUGUUGCCAUGGAGAUGAAAGCUGACAUUAAUGCCAAAAAAGAAGAUAUGAUGUUUCAUAAAAUUUACAUCCAGAAGCAUGACAAUGUCAGCAUUCUCUUUGCCGACAUUGAGGGCUUUACCAGCCUGGCCUCCCAGUGUACUGCCCAGGAGCUGGUGAUGACGCUGAACGAACUUUUUGCCAGAUUUGAUAAACUUGCAGCUGAGAAUCACUGUUUACGUAUAAAAAUCCUAGGUGAUUGCUAUUACUGUGUGUCCGGGUUACCCGAGGCAAGAGCGGACCAUGCACACUGCUGCGUUGAAAUGGGAAUGGAUAUGAUAGAGGCUAUCUCAUUAGUGCGGGAGGUGACAGGUGUCAACGUGAACAUGCGAGUUGGGAUCCACAGCGGGAGAGUUCAUUGUGGAGUCUUGGGCCUCAGGAAAUGGCAAUUUGAUGUGUGGUCAAAUGAUGUCACAUUAGCUAAUCACAUGGAAGCAGGCGGCAAAGCGGGGCGAAUCCACAUAACAAAAGCUACACUGAACUACCUGAAUGGUGACUAUGAAGUGGAGCUUGGUUUUGGAGGAGAACGUAAUGCUUACCUCAAAGAGCAUAGUAUUGAGACCUUUCUCAUUGUACGAUGCAGCCAAAAAAGGAAAGAUGAGAAAGCGACAAUAGCCAAGAUGAAUCGUCAGCGCACUAAUUCCAUUGGCCACAACCCACCACACUGGGGAGUAGAUCGCUCCUUUUACAACCAUCUUGGCAGCAACCAAGUUUCCAAGGAGAUGAAAAGAAUGGGUUUUGAAGAUCCAAAAGACAAGAAUAUCCAGGAAAGCAUGAAUCCAGAAGAUGAAGUGGAUGAGUUUCUAGGCCGCGCCAUUGAUGCAAGGAGUAUUGACCGCUUACGUUCUGAACACGUUCGCAAGUUUCUCUUAACAUUCAGGGAACUUGACUUGGAGAAGAAGUACUCCAAACAGGUGGAUGAUCGAUUUGGUGCAUAUGUUGCUUGUGCCUCCAUAGUCUUCCUCUUCAUUUGCUUCGUUCAAAUCACAAUUGUGCCACACUCUGUGUUUAUGCUGGCAUUCUACCUGACCUGUUUUGUUAUCCUCACCACAGUAAUAUUUGUUUCAGUCAUCUACUCCUGCGUAAAGCUUUUUCCAGCUCCACUUCAGACUCUCUCAAGAAAGAUUGUUCAGUCCAGGACCAACAAUACCAUAGUUGGGGUCUUUACCAUUGUAUUGGUUUUCCUCUCAGCCUUUGCCAACAUGUUCACUUGCAGCACUGUGGAUCUCCGUGAUUGUGUGGCUGCAGAGUAUAACAUCACCCCGCAUGAGGUGAACAUGUGCCAUAUUAGCUACUCUGCCUCCAAUUACAGCCUGGGGACAGUACAAGGAUUAUGUGCUAGCUCCCAGCCAAGCUGCAACUUCCCAGAGUAUUUUACCUACAGUGUCUUACUGAGCCUCCUGGCCUGCUCUGUGUUCCUUCAGAUCAGUUGCAUUGGGAAACUCAUUUUGAUGUUGAUUAUUGAAUUUACAUAUGUCCUUAUUGUGGAAGUGCCAGGGCUUACCCUCUUCGAUAAUGCAGAUCUUCUGGUCACAGCUAAUGCCAUAGUGUUUUCCAAUGGGACAGAGAAUGGAACAUGUCCUCCAAGUGUGUCCAGGGUGGCCUUGAAGAUUGUGACUCCCGUAGUUAUCACUGUUUUUGUCUUGGCGGUGUAUCUUCAUGCGCAGCAAGUGGAAUCCACAGCAAGACUUGAUUUCCUCUGGAAGCUUCAGGCUACUGAAGAAAAGGAGGAAAUGGAGGAAUUGCAGGCCUACAACAGACGCCUUCUCCAUAACAUCUUGCCAAAGGAUGUGGCGGCCCACUUCCUUGCACAGGAACGGAGGAAUGAUGAGCUGUAUUACCAGUCGUGCGAGUGUGUGGCUGUCAUGUUUGCUUCCAUCAGCAACUUCUCAGAAUUCUAUGUAGAGUUAGAGGCCAACAAUGAAGGAGUGGAAUGCUUGAGGCUUCUCAAUGAAAUCAUUGCUGACUUUGAUGAGAUAAUAAGCGAGGACCAGUUCCGACAGCUGGAAAAGAUCAAAACUAUAGGCAGCACAUAUAUGGCUGCUUCAGGCCUCAAUGAUUCCACCUAUGACAAAGUGGGCAAGUCACACAUCAAGGCCCUGGCUGACUUCGCAAUGAGGUUAAUGGAUCAAAUGAAAUACAUCAAUGAGCAUUCGUUCAACAACUUCCAGAUGAAAAUAGGGCUCAAUAUUGGCCCAGUAGUAGCUGGGGUCAUAGGCGCACGUAAGCCCCAGUAUGAUAUUUGGGGGAAUACUGUGAAUGUAGCCAGCCGAAUGGACAGCACAGGAGUGCCCGACAGGAUUCAGGUGACCACAGACAUGUACCAAGUUUUAACAGUCAACAACUAUCAACUAGAAUGCCGAGGGGUUGUUAAGGUCAAAGGUAAAGGAGAAAUGACCACCUACUUCCUAAACGAAGGCCCCCCACUGGCAAGUUAACAGCAGUGGGCAAGAAUGACUCAAGAAUGGCUCAGUUUGAUUUAAAUACGAGUUGGCAAAAAAAACAUAUCGGCUGCUGCUUAGCAGCGAAUCUAAUACCAAGGCACAGUUGAGUAUUUCAUAUGCUGCCUUCCUAGCAGGAGUGUGUGCAAGAAGUGGGGGAGGGGGGGACACAGUUUGGGCUAUGUGGCACACCAUUCGGAAGUUACCUAGCACUGCUGUGGAUUUUUUCUAGGUUGAGUGUAAAUGAAUUGACCAAAGAUUUUUUGCUGAAUGGAAUUCGAAAUGAAGACAUGGAUUUGAGAUCUUCAAUGAGGCUGCUACACAGGACUUAAGAUAUUUAAGUAUUUAUUUGAAGCAACGCAAGGUUUUUUCCUUGGUUGAAGGAAAUUUUGAUUCAUUGCAACAAAAGGACAAAAAGGAACAGCAUUACUCUGGAAAGGCUGUGCAGUCCCAGAGUGUUUCUGGUCUAUGCUGUUAACUCCUUGAAGUGUGCCACUGUUCUCUUAUUAGCUGUUUGAGCGGACUUUUGAAAUUAAAAACGCCACCCACUAUUGCUCUACAAAAAGGGCCUUUUUUAAAGACAUCAGCAGUAAUGGUUUUUUAAUGGAAAAGAUGCCUUGUUAUGUACUCUUGCCAUCCCUACCCUUACACAGAUAGGAAGUUCCUUCUUUUUACCAGAACUGAUAUACUGAAAGUGAAAGGAGAGAAAUAGUUCUUAAGGUGAGGGGGAAAUGGUGCUUCAAGCAUAUUUAUUAAAUGAGGAGGCCUUCUCACUUCUGUUCAGCAUUUAUUGGUUUACACAUGAAAGACUUCACUCAUGGAGAAACACAGGGAGAUUUCUCCAAAAUGUGUAGGGUUGCUAAGGUUUUGAGCUGCAGUUUUUUGUAUUUUUUAAUAUGGAAGAUUAUGAGAUCUAAGAAAUACACCAAAAUUCUAUAUUUUGAACAUUCUGUGUAUUAAACAGUUGCCCCAAUGGAGCAACAGUGAUCCAUGUGUAGCUCUGUUGUAGUGAGGUUCACAAAACAGCUGUUUGAAGGGGACUCAUAGCCAGAACUGAGCACCCAGCAAAGCCUCUGUCAGCUGUUAGGCAGGACAAGAGCAGGGGCAUCUUGACACAAUCCUGAAUCCCUUAUCAGGCAAUCAGCACUUGACAAAGAAGCUGAUAGUCACUGUUAGGAACAAGGGAACGGGCACCCAGGCUGAGUUCAAGCACUCUCUUUCCCUUCUGUUUUCCUGUCUGAAAGUUGAUCAGGGCUAUGGGAUGUUUCUGCCCUGCAGCUCUGAUUGUCUCCAUGAGUCCAGCAAUGGGUGUGAAGUCUUCUGCUGAGCUCAUAGUUCUUUGGAUCGGACGCCAGGCACAUUGGGAGGUGUACAUAAGCUAUAGAAUUGUGUGAUAUUCUUUUCAUUAUCUCAGAGUUGCAGACUUGGCAGUUUUCAAAUAAAUAUUGUACAGUCCAGCAAACAAGCUGAAGUAAUAAUAAUAAUGCAGGGGCUCAAGUUUGAUUUUUUUAAAGAGGAAAUAAAGUGAGGAAAACCUACAGUUAGACAGAGAUGAAAUAGGAAGAACAAGAACAGCUGUGCUCAUUCCUAACAUCAGAGGGAGCUGAAUGCAAUAGGUAAAUUAUGUAUUCAAAAUUCUGAAAGUGACCAAGGGUAUUAUGCCUGAAGCCACUUCGAGUGUGCCUCUGGACAGUAGAAUAAGAGGAACAACAAUCAAAUCAAGAAUUUCUUUUCGAAAGAAUGCUUACAGUUUAUGUAACAACUGUCUGUACAAGUAAGUGCCGCUGAAUAUUACCCAGAAAUUUUACUCUUCUGGAUUGAUAUUGUGGGAGCUGAAUUCCAUUUCAUAUAUUAUGAAUUUCAGUUUGAAGACUUUGGCAAGUCCCCCCCCCCCAAUAAUAAAACAUAUGUAUUGAUUGAUUCUCUAAAGAUAUUGAUGUGGCCUAUCCUGCUGAACAAUACUUAUUUUUUUAAAAAGAGGGGGACUGCUACUAAAUGUAUAAGUGAGUUAAAUACAUUUUCAACUUUUAAAAUCAAGGUUCCCUUCAUAUUUUAUUAAAAAGUAUAAAAGGAUAAAAACCUAUAUUUUUAUAUUUCAGUAGGGGAAAACUUUUGAUACUGAAUUUGGCAAUUUCAAAAAUGACUCAAACCUUUUGACACAUACUUUUUCCACUCUUCUCAGGGCAGAAUUUCCAUUACCUAAUGAUUACCCAGCACUGGCAAUUGGAGAGGGGGCGGGGGUUAGUGUCACCUUUGACCAAAAAAUAAGGUAAAAUCCAUGGUCUCAGUGAUAUGUGUAAUAUUGCUAUUAAACUGUUUCAGACUAGAGUGUCAGUAGCAUCCCACUUUCCUUUCAUCCCCUCCCUUUCUACUAGGGCACACCCUUGGAUAGUAUAGUUGCCCGAUUCCUAGAAAACUGCCAAGUCUGUCCUUGUACUAUAUUUUUGAACCUUUUCAAGAAAUGCCAUUUGAUUUGCAAAGGUCUUUAUUUACACAGUACUGCAGCUUGUUCUUCAUCACCUUCCACCCUUCAUUCUUACUGUCAUUUACCACUUCCAAAUUUUAAUUAAUAGCACAAUAUAGGAUCAUUUUGUUUUAGGUUUGCCUCCUGCUUUGAAAUGUGCAUUCUUAACAUUUGAGCAGACCACCUUGCGCAGUUGUGUUGUCAAUUCAGUUUUCAGUUACCUGUAUCUCUGACUGUGAUUGAUGACUGUGUCAGGAUCAUUUCAAGGGGUAUGCAGUCUUUUUUCUGGCUCUUGCAAAAGGUGAUACAGUUAUGAUUUCCCAUGGAAAUUGCAAUCUGUUUAAGUAAUUUAACAAUUAUAUUAAAACACUGUUUCACUUGUGAAUGUUUCUAUUUUAUUCAUUAGUCUGGUUUAUUUUUUUAAAAGCUACAAAAUUAAGUAGGAAUGUAAUUUAAUGUUUUGUGGUGGGAGUGACAAUAGAAUUUUGUGCAUCACAAUAACGUACCAGAUAUGCUUCAUCAGUUCAGUAAGGCGGCUCCAGACUUGUGUAAUUUGUCCCCACAAAUAGUCCUGCUCACGUAUGAAUUUCUAGGUCAUAUUUUGUGCCUGCUGCAUCACAGAAAGAAGAGACUGGACUUUGUACAAUGGUCUCUCUCCACUUCUGUGACUGGAUGAAAAAUGGUAAAAUAUUCAGAUGAAUACAGCAAAGGUGGCUAUUAAUCUCAGCCCUUGGGUUCUAAAUUAAGGAGCUGAUUUGGAUAUUUCAUUUUUAUGUCAAAUUCAACAAAACUGUAUUUUUGGGAGAACUUUGGAGGCUGGAAGCAGUAGGCUGUGGUCUAGUCCUACUCAACUAAUUGAACUAGUAGCUUUGUGUGUGUGUGUGCACAAGAGCAUAGCCAUCUGCAUUUAAAUACAGGUCUGGGUAAUUCAGUACAGAUGAGCAACGUGGUGCAGAAUUGGAUUUACACAGACGUGCCAGAUUCAAUCUAUGUUACCUGUGCAUGUAAAGGAGCCUUCACCCACAUAUGGAUCUCCUUCCCUGGAAUGGUAAGUCUCUUCUGUUUGAAAUUAUGGUGCUUGGCUGUAUAUUGUUAGGACAAAAUAUUCUGAAAUCAACUGGUUAUAUUUCUUUACAUGUUUUCUUCUGUUUUAAAAUAAUAACACAGGUGCCCAAUAUCUCUGAAGGUAGUCUCUAGAUAUUGGGAGGGAAGGUUGCUGGCUCAACAAUAAGGGAGAAACUCAUCCUAAACUCAUAUUUAAGUCAUCAGUGGGGUCCCUGCCUGCUGCUUUUCCUUGUGCUAGACCCUGUUAAGGUGAGUGGGGAAAGCAGAUGGGCAAAUUGCCCUUAGUUGUUAAUUUUGCAAGCACAGUGGUGAUCUCCAGCACAGAUGAGGAACAUUUCAGAUGUUCCAAGCUAGCUAAGAGUAUGGUCCUGAGCACGAUUUGCACUUAGAAAUGAUGGGAGCCAUUACAUAAGACAACAUUAGGUGGAUUGCUAGAUAUAGAUCUUUUCAGUUAGGGUAAUUACUGUAAAUCAUUUGGUAUUGCAUAACUCUCAGCAUCUUUCCUAGUCCCCCCACCACCACCCCCCAAAAAUUAGGCCACAAUCCAGCACAGUCACUUAAUGGAACUUAUGAUAGAUAACACUGUGUUCUUUGAUGGUUUUUUUUGUUUACCCUUAAACCAAUUCUGGUAGCUUUUCACCCUUUGAUUGUGUGCCUGCAAUAUGCAUCUGUAAGCAUACUUUAAGUCAGUGCUUCUAGUCACAUGUGUGAAAUCCAAGAUGAAGGCUUACUUCUUUCUGGAGAAGUCAAAGCCUCAGCAAAGUUGCAUGCCCUGAACAUCUUCAUGCUCAGCCAUUGGCUAUGACUCUUUACAGACAUGAAAGUAUUUAGGGCAGGCUCCAAAAAAGAAGUUAUAUCGCCUAUAGUGCUAGCUGUAUACCCACCACCCCACUACCCUACAGUAUAUAUCAUUAAUGUCCCAUUCUUGAAGUGUUGGCUGUGAUAAACACCUUCAUAAAAAAUACCCAUUAAGACCCCCAUGUAUGUUGCAGUGACCUCGCUUCAGAAGUCUUGACCAUCUUAUAGCUGCUUCUGCAUUUAUUUAUACAGCACUUUUAUUCUACAAUGCACUUUACAUUUUCAUUGAAAUGAUCAGUAUUCCCAUUUUGCAGCUAGGAAACUGAUGCCCAAAGUCAUCAUAUGCAGCAUCCCAUGGCAAACAGAGUAAGUUUUUUCCUCAUUUGGCAGGAGUUCCUUUACUUAUAUUUUAAAUUAUCAUGAAGGUAAAGAAAACAUAACAUACAAGAACAGCAACAAGACUGGGGCAACUGGAAGACCCAGUUUAGGACUCUUUGUAUGCCUAUCAUGAUAAAUGAAUAAUUUUUGUGUAUCAUUAUUAAUGUUUGGGUCUACAACAAAUAUACUUGGACUACUUCACACAUUACUUGCAUGUGGUUUCAAAAUAAUGCCUGACCUCCAGAUCUAGGGCCUGAUCUGCCUCUACCUCCCCCCCCCCAUAAGCUUCACCCAUUUUGGCAGUAGUGGCAGAAAGAAAGAAAUAGACCUAGCACUACAGUGGGUAGAACUCUCCACUCUGAUGUGGAUGCAAAUCUCCCCAGCAAUCAUUUGAUAAGCAGGGAGAGGGUGAUUAACCCUUCCUCUGCUGAUCUAUGUAGAUGAGGGAGCUCCUAUGUGUGCACGCAAUGGUUUUGGGUGGCCAUUUCCCAGAGGUUAUCAAGGGUGAAAAUUGCAGCUGGGACAAAAACAGUCACUUCUGGGGUACAGCAUCUAAUUCAAGGGAAGGGUUGUUCCAAGUAGUGCGGGAGUAUACUGAUUGGGUAGUCUCUGCCCACUCAGCAUUGUCCUACAAAAUAAUGCUUUAGAAGUUAUUGUAGUGCGUUGAGCAGCUUAGGAUUUAUAAUUAAGACUAGACGAUUUUCUUGCCUACUGGAAAAAAAAAACCUACCACUUUUGUGUAGGUGACAUCUUACAAUUAAAGACUAGGAGGAUCAUAAAACAUUAGAGGAAACGUCUGCAGCUACCUUCAUUGCGAAGGCAUUUUGUUCUCACAGCUGCUGCUUAACAUACAGGAUGCAAUGCAAUCCAGCAACACUUAAGCAGAUUUACUUUUCUCAUUAGGGUGAGAUUAGUAGGGUUGUAUCCAGUGAUAAUCCUCAAAAUGAGGGAAUGGAAUAGGGUUUUUUCCCCCCAAUCUCCCUCCCUGCAGCUCACCCAAAAAUCUGCUCCAGAGGGUUAGAGGAGGGUGGAAAUUAGUAACCAUCACCCUUCCUCAUUGGUCUGCUGAUGGCAGGCUCUUUUGGUCCACUGUAGGCUUCUGUCAGGUUGCUCACCUCUUCUACAAUAGAUCUGUUGUCCACAAUCAGUAUGUUACUUUCCUUUGUUCCCAGGACAGUUUUUCUUAGACAAUUAAAUUGAAAUUAGUAGAAGUUAGGCUCUUUCCUAGAUGAGGCUAGUCAACUUCUUUUCAUCCUUCAAGCAUUAGAGAAAAGGAUGGAAGAUGACAUGGGAUUGCUAUUGGGGCUGGGGGAGAGAAGUCACUUUCCUCAUUUCUUUCAAAGCAAAUUACACAGAAAAAGUUGGGGAGGGGUAGAAACAAAGCAAUUCAGAAUUAGCACUGCACUAGAUGGUAGGCCUUUGGGGCCCAGGAACUAAUCCCCAUGAACAGAUGGUUCUGGGUUAGAUUUUAAUUAAGGAAAAGGCAGACACACACCAUUAAACUUAUGUGCAUCCAAUAAUCUCGCAUUUAGAAAUUCAUUCAUUUUGAACAGUUCGUUAAUAUGCAACACCAUCCUUUUAUUUCAGCCUUUUCUACUAUCUCACAAAGGCAAACCUGGUAUGAGACUGAAGGAAUCACUUGAUAUGCAGAACAAGCUCCUUGCCAUUUUCAUACUUCUGGAUGUGGAAUUUUCAUGCUGCCCCUCCAAACUUCUCAAUUUGCCCUUGAAGUACAUUCUCCUGCACAGGGUUUUCAUUUGUCCCACAACAGGGUCCCGAACCAUUUCCAGUUCUUCUUUGAAGAAGAAUUUCUCUGUCAUUAAUGCCCUAGACUAUGGGAACCGUCUGUCUUGCAGAAAAGUGUUUCAUUCCUGAGAGGAAUACUGCUUGGAUCAAGUUUGCCUUGAGACUUGCUGUAGGACAACCAUCACACAUUGUAAUCGGGGGCCUUCCCUUGUGGCUGUCUCAAUCGGAUCUGUAACGUUGAAAAAGCGCUCACA